AUGGCUCAAGCAUGUGAUAAAUAUACUUCUACAGCUCUUAUGGGUAAUUGGUAUGAAGAAAGAUUGGCUCCUAACUAACCCUUUAGAGAAAAUCUUUAAACAAAAACAGUAAGAGAAGAAGAAGCUGCAAUUUCAUUUGCUUCUGAUACUAACAAGUUGAUUCCUCUUUCUAGAGUUAAUAGAAACUUACCUUGGGAUACAAAGGGAGUUAUUGCAGACGAUGGAUUUAAAGAAUUCAGAUCUGUCAACAGAACUUCAUAUGACCCAAUCAAUCUUAAUAACUACUAUAACCUUGGAGAUUGUAGAUAAUUAUACAAACAUUACACAGCUGAAAAGAAAUACCCUGAAAAUAAUCCUACUCAAAUUUAAACUCUUAAAGCUAAUUAGUAUUCUUUGUUGAAUCAAACUAAUUCGCAACAUAUUCAUAAAGAAAGACAAGUACCAAAUAAUGUUUCAGAUUUUGGUUCAACUUUUAAAAAAUUCCCUGAAACUCAUGAAAAAUUCUUUGGCAUGACCACUUACUAGUAAUCUUUUUCCAGACCUUUAAAAGAAACUGCUCACUAGAUUAUUGCUUAAUCUGAGAAAAAGAUUAAUCAUUUUGCUGGUACUAAUGAAAGACCAGUUCAUCAACAGAGCACUAAAAUGACUUCAGUUUUAACAGCAGAAAAAUACAAAAAUGAAUAAGAACCAAAAGAUAAUACAUCAAUUUAAAGAUCUUGGUUGCCUUACAAAGAUAAAGCAUUACAAGUAGCUGAAAAUAACCUUAUAAAAAAUCAAACAUUAAAUCAAACAAAAGGAUUUACACCAUUUAAUCCAUUGAUUACUUAUAAAAAUAAUAUGAGUUAAGUUUAGUAGCAUGACAUAGCUACCAGCUUACCAAUAGGAUCUGGAGAACACUCUGAUUAAAAAAGAACUAAUUAACCAGGAGAAUUUAGACAUGUAAGAACCGAUGUUACUCUAAUUAGAAAUAAACCAGUUACUAAAAGAUGA